AUGCUUUCAAGUUCGCGGCGGCCAGUUUCUAACAAUUUCCAGGACAAGGAGAAGCCUAUGGCGGUUCGAACUGCCAAUAUUCUGGCAGCUAGAGCCGUCGCAGAUGCUAUCAGAACGAUUCAAAGUGGGAAGGGAAAUACCAUCAUCACCAAUGAUGGAAACACCAUGUUGAAGAGUAUGAGUGUUAUGCAUCCCGCAGCAAAGAUGCUCGUCGACCUUAGUGCAGCCCAGGAUGUCGAGGCAGGUGAUGGAACCACGUCCGUUGUGGUCAUCGCUGGUAGCUUGCUUGGUGCCGCGGAGCGAUUAUUGGCGAGAGGUAUUCAUCCAACGAUCAUAUCCGAGUCCUUCCAGCGAGCUGCAGCGGCUGCUGUUGAGGUUCUCCACAACAUGUCACAACCCGUCAACUUGUCGGACCGUGCAAGCCUUCUGCAGGCGGCAUCCACCUCCCUCUCUUCCAAGAUCGUGUCGCAAUACUCCAACCUUCUGGGACCGAUUGCUGUGGACUCCGUGCUGAAGGUUGUCGAUCCCAAGACGGCUGAUAACGUUGAUCUGCGCAAUAUUCGUAUAAUCAAAAAAGUUGGAGGCACGAUUGAGGACAGUGAGAUGGUCGACGGGCUGGUACUGAACCAGCCGGUAAUCAAGAGUGCAGGAGGCCCGACAAGGAUUGAGAAGGCUAGAAUAGCCCUUAUUCAGUUUCAACUGAGCCCUCCCAAGCCUGAUAUGGAGAAUCAGAUCGUGGUGAAUGACUACCGGCAAAUGGACAAGAUUUUGAAGGAAGAACGCCAGUAUCUCCUCAACAUGGUCAAGAAGAUUCAAAAGGCGAAAUGCAACGUUUUGCUCAUUCAGAAAUCCAUCCUACGCGACGCCGUUAAUGACUUGUCCCUCCACUUCCUCUCUCGCCUCAAGAUCCUCGCCGUCAAAGACAUCGAACGUGACGAGGUCGAGUUCCUCUGCAAGAGUCUCGGAUGCAAGCCAAUCGCCAAUAUCGACUCGUUCACUGAAGACAAGCUGGCAACGGCAGAUCUCGUUGAAGAAGUCCAGUCCUCUGGUGCGCGCUACACCAAGAUCACCGGCAUCAAGUCCUCUCCCGCUGCGAACCAGACGGUUUCAAUUGUUGCCCGUGGUGCCAACAACCUCAUUCUGGAUGAAGCAGAGCGCUCGCUACAUGACGCUCUCUGUGCGAUCCGGUGUCUGGUUAAGAAGCGGGCUCUGAUUGCUGGUGGUGGUGCACCUGAAAUCGAAGUUUCACAUGCGCUCAGCACCCGUGCACGAGAGCUCACAGGAACUGAGGCGAUCUGCUGGAAAGCGUUCGCGGAGGCGAUGGAGGUGAUUCCUACUACUCUUGCCGAAAAUGCGGGUUUGAACUCGAUCAAAGUCGUCACGGAUCUGCGUCACCGACACGCCCAGGGCCUGCACAAUGCCGGUGUCAGCAUCCGCAGCGGUGGUGUCAAGGACAACAUUACGGAAGAGAAUGUGUUGCAGCCGCUGUUGGUGAGCACUAGUGCGAUUGAGCUUGCCGCGGAAACCGUGAAGAUGAUCCUCAGGAUUGAUGAUAUCGCGUUGUCGAGAUGA